AUGAAGCUCUUGUGGCAGGUAACUGUGCACCACCACACCUGGAAUGCCAUCCUGCUCCCGGUCGUCUACCUCACGGCGCAAGUGUGGAUUCUGUGUGCAGCCAUCGCUGCUGCUGCCUCAGCCGGGCCCCAGAACUGCCCCUCCGUCUGCUCGUGCAGUAACCAGUUCAGCAAGGUGGUGUGCACGCGCCGGGGCCUCUCUGAGGUCCCGCAGGGUAUCCCCUCCAACACCCGGUACCUCAACCUCAUGGAGAACAACAUCCAGAUGAUCCAGGCCGACACCUUCCGCCACCUCCACCAUCUGGAGGUCCUGCAGCUGGGCAGGAACUCCAUCCGGCAGAUUGAGGUGGGGGCCUUCAACGGCCUGGCUAGCCUCAACACCCUGGAGCUGUUCGACAACUGGCUGACAGUCAUCCCCAGUGGGGCCUUUGAAUACCUGUCCAAGCUGCGGGAGCUCUGGCUUCGCAACAACCCCAUCGAAAGCAUCCCCUCUUACGCCUUCAACCGGGUGCCCUCCCUCAUGCGCCUGGACUUGGGGGAGCUUAAGAAGCUGGAGUAUAUCUCUGAGGGAGCUUUUGAGGGGCUGUUCAACCUCAAGUAUCUCAACUUGGGCAUGUGCAACAUUAAAGACAUGCCCAAUCUCACCCCCCUUGUCGGGCUGGAGGAGCUGGAGAUGUCAGGGAACCACUUUCCUGAGAUAAGGCCUGGCUCCUUCCAUGGCCUGAGCUCCCUCAAGAAGCUCUGGGUCAUGAACUCGCAAGUCAGCCUGAUUGAGCGGAAUGCUUUUGAUGGGCUGGCUUCACUUGUGGAACUCAACUUGGCCCACAAUAACCUCUCUUCUUUGCCCCAUGACCUCUUUACCCCACUGAGAUACCUGGUGGAGUUGCAUCUACAUCACAAUCCUUGGAACUGUGAUUGUGACAUUUUGUGGCUAGCCUGGUGGCUUCGAGAGUAUAUACCCACCAAUUCCACCUGCUGUGGCCGCUGUCACGCUCCCAUGCACAUGCGAGGCCGCUACCUCGUGGAGGUGGACCAGGCCUCCUUCCAAUGCUCUGCCCCCUUCAUCAUGGAUGCACCUCGAGACCUCAAUAUUUCUGAGGGUCGGAUGGUGGAACUUAAGUGUCGGACUCCCCCUAUGUCCUCUGUGAAGUGGUUGCUUCCCAAUGGGACAGUGCUCAGCCACGCCUCCCGCCACCCACGGAUCUCUGUCCUCAAUGAUGGCACCUUGAACUUCUCCCACGUGCUGCUUUCAGACACUGGGGUAUACACAUGCAUGGUGACCAAUGUGGCAGGCAACUCCAAUGCCUCGGCCUACCUCAAUGUGAGCACGGCCGAGCUCAACACCUCCAACUACAGCUUCUUCACCACAGUCACAGUGGAGACCACGGAGAUCUCGCCCGAGGACACAACUCGAAAGUACAAGCCUGUUCCUACCACAUCCACUGGUUACCAGCCGGCAUAUACCACCUCUACCACGGUGCUCAUUCAGACCACCCGUGUGCCCAAGCAGGUGGCAGUACCCGCGACAGAUACCACUGACAAGAUGCAGACCAGCCUGGAUGAAGUCAUGAAGACCACCAAGAUCAUCAUUGGCUGCUUUGUGGCAGUGACUCUGCUAGCUGCCGCCAUGUUGAUUGUCUUCUAUAAACUUCGUAAGCGGCACCAGCAGCGGAGUACAGUCACAGCCGCCCGGACAGUUGAGAUUAUCCAGGUGGACGAAGACAUCCCAGCAGCAACAUCUGCAGCAGCAACAGCAGCUCCAUCCGGUGUAUCAGGUGAGGGGGCAGUAGUGCUGCCCACAAUUCAUGACCAUAUUAACUACAACACCUACAAACCAGCACAUGGGGCCCAAUGGACAGAAAACAGCCUGGGGAACUCUCUGCACCCCACAGUCACCACUAUCUCUGAACCUUAUAUAAUUCAGACCCAUACCAAGGACAAGGUACAGGAAACUCAAAUAUGACUCCCCUCCCCCAGAAAACUUAUAAAAUGCAAUAGAAUGCACACAAACAAAGACAGCAACUUUUGUACAGAGUGGGGAGAGACUUUUUCUUGUAUAUGCUUAUAUAUUAAAUCUAUGGGCUGGUUAAAAAAACAGAUUAUAUUAAAAUUUAAAAACAAAAAGUCAAAACAAAAAUAUUUUCUAACUUGUAAGUUCUAUUUAAAGGGGUGGGAGGGAAUCUUGGGAAUGUUGUGGGGUACAAGCCACACGUUGACUUGCUAUGCUGCCAGAAGGGAUUUCUGGUAUAAGGUUGAAAUCGCUGAGAUAAAAUAAACUAAAACAACAAACAUCCCUAAAGAGGUAGGGUGUGGGUUGCUGAGGGGGCAAGAGGGAUAGACUGAAUCUAUCAUUUUAUAUAGAAGAUGCUUCAUAGGACACAGGAAUACCCAUUUCUACAGACAUCUUUCUUAAGCUGAGAGCUGUCUUUGCAGAAUUAUCUUAUUAAAAAAAAUACAAAAAAAAAGCACCAUGAAUUUGUACUGUGCCAAAAUGUUAGUGGCAAUAAUUUUUUUCUUCAGAAGCUAAGGGGAGGAUAGAUCUAUACAUGUAUUUUAAGCAGGAAAACCACCAAAAUUCAAACGAACCCUUAAAGGGGCUGAGUCUUUGUCCAUGUGCACAAGUCUUGUGGUCUAUGCACUGGGACACGCAUGUGCCUUGCCUGACAGAAUGCUUAGGAAGGAGCAGAGAAGGACAGGAGCUGGCGUAGCUCUCAGCCUAAUGCUUUCACAAUGCACCAGAUUCCUGCAGUUGGGCUUAACCCACUCUGCAAGGCAUGUGUCUAUUCAGGGUUUCCCAGGAGGAGGAGGAGGCCCCUGAAGGGGGUGCGGCAGGCAGCAGGGGGGUGGGAAGGGAGGGCAGAGCAGAGAGAAUGUAUUCACAGGAGGCCAUAAAUUAGCAUUGUGCCACGUCCACCUGUUGUUUCUGGAAUCUGACAAAUGAUUGUAGACAAUGAUGGCAUUUUAUGAUUUUUUUAAAAAAAAUUUUGUUUUAAGGAGGAGAAGCUGGAAGUGGGGAGCUUGGGAGUGGAAGCUUUUCUCAUGCUUGUGAUUUGGUGACUCUUCUAAAUGCUGAUUCAUUAGGGAUUAUUACAGCGGAUGUCAGCUGGUUGUGGUGAUGGGCUGGGGGCAGAACAUGAGUAGCAAAGAAAAAGGAGAGAUGAAAAGGGUACAGGCUCAUGUAAAGUAAUGAAGCCUUUCCCAGCCAGGAUGGUUCACAAACAGGCUGUGAGAGUCACAGUUCCAAGUGACACGCAUGCACACAUGGAGUUCCACAUGGGGUCCUGCUGAAUGGAGCACACUGAGGGGAAGCUUCCCUCUCCCAGGCCACCUCAGGAGGAGGUGGAAGAGAAAGGGUGGGUGUGGGUGGGGAAGGCAGAGAUCUCUGUUAUUCUGGUCCAUUUAAUGAUGUCACUUCUUUCAGUUAUUAUUUUAGCUUUAAAAGGAAAUAAGGGGUUCAGAUUUGAAAGGGGGUGGUAUGGGUAGGGGUGGAGGGGAUUGCCAACAAAAGAACACUGAUUGUAAUGUGAGAAAAGUGUAUUUUUGUAUUUUAAUAAAUAUUGUUCAAUUUUUAA